AUGCACAAUCUAAUGGUGGCACUUACUCUUCUUUCUGCUCUCGUUGCAGGUGUCUUCAGCUUCGGACCUGAAAAGGGUGGCUUGCAAUACGAACGCUUGGUAAGGAAUGGCUGCCAUAUUGAACAUCCAACGGUACUAACGAUCCUCCUUCAGACCAGGCCCAUCCAGCUAACUCAAGACCUCGCGACUUCGCAAACCGUCAAUCCAACAGCAGCCAAUUCGUGGUGGUCAUCAUCUUUCGUCCAUGCGUCAGAUGGCAACGACUACUUGAUCAUUUCCCACGUCCUUUUGCAAGGCCAGGAUGUCUCUACAGCUCUACUGCGUGCCUCUAUCCUGGAUAUCAAUGACACAGCAUAUUACCAUCAAGUUAGCUGGAUACACAACGGAUCUAGUAGGGCGGCGCAGGUGCAGAAUGGGCUACCUGGCCUCGCUACGAAAUACUUUGGAUUUGUGUCUAGCGAUCCAGUCAAUCCUCUGGACCAGAUGCGUAUUUGGUGUCUCACUGAGCGCGUUGAGUUUAACCUCACCUUUCAGUUGUCGGCUCCCGUUAUCUUGAAUGGAGGCACUGGGACAUUCCCGUUCGGCAAUGAGAUCACGUUUGAAUGGUCAAUGCCUGGUGGAGUUACAGAUGGCCAUUUUACUGUCAACAGGAAGUUUCUCACUAUUGACUCUGCUAGCUCUUCGACCUGGUAUGACCGCCAAUUCAUGUGGCCGAUCGUCCCAAUGGAUGGGCCGGCGAAAUCGAACUGGACAUGGUUUCAAGUACACUUAGGCCAGAGGACAAUGUCUAUCUGGGUGUGGGAUACCUUUGAUGGACAGCGGUCCCAAUUCGCCACGGUCAGGGAUAAGCCAGGAAUCCACCAAGUACUUGCUGUCAGUGAAUUCAAACCGUCAAGCCGCCAAUGGACUUCAUCCUGUUCUAAAGCCACUUAUUCUCUUGACUGGGUCGUGGCUCUAGUAGACGGAACCAUGAUGGAACUAUCGAGUGUUCGCAAUGACCAGGAGCUAUGCGAUAAGGAAGGAACUAUUGGAACCUAUGAAGGAUACAUUACCGUGUCUGGCACCCGCGGGGAACACCCUAUUUCCGGGUACGGGUUGGUUGAGGUAGUUCCAGUGGACUUUUGA